GAAGAGUUGAAGUUUUGCUGAAGAAUCUAGUGACGCUCUUUUUUGAAAAUCAAAGUUUUCUGUUUACUUUUGUGCCAAACAAACAAAGCAAGCGUCUUCCGUGAAGAAGUAAACCAAACGAAUCGGAUUAUUUAGUUGAAGCGAUUUAAACCGACUUAGAUGAGCGAAACAGUUGAAAGAAGAAGAUUUUUAGCAGAUUAAGACCCCGCGAAAGUCAAUUUACAGAACUCAAGAUGAUGACCAGGAGAAAAUCGAUUCACGAAUCCCUUGUGACACAACAAAAUCAAAACAAGCAAAAAGAGGGAGCGCCGGAUGUGGCAGAGGGGAAGAAGACUCCCGGUCCAGGAAAACAAAUGCAACCCCGUAAGCGCAUCAACCAGCGGCGAGUCUCGGAAGCGGCUCCGGGAACCCUUCAGAACGGCACGAAUGGCCACCAAGCUCCCGUUAACGGGAUGGACGCCGACGACAUCCCCAAGUUUAAGGGCUACCGCAUCAUCGAAAUCGAUCACUUCCUGCAGUGGUCCGCGUACUCCCAGUUUAUGCACUCCAAGCACUGCCCCGGCGGAUUGCUGAAACCAUACCAGGAGUACGUAAGCGGCUGCUACUCCACCUUCGCCAUGAAAUGCAGCAAGUGUUCGGCCAUCAUCACGCGCUCCUCGGAGAACUACAUCCACCACAACAAGCUGAUGAACCGACUGGUCAAGGGCUCCGUCCAGAUGGGCAAGGACUACGACGAAAUGUCCAACUUUAUGGAGUCGCUCGAGAUCCCGUUCGUCACCAAGGACGAGUUCAGCUCGAUCAAGUCCCAGAUGCAGCUCAACUCCUCCCUGGACGAUCAGUCCUCGCUGCAGAAGGCCGUCGAAGAGCUGGAGCGCGCGUCGGUGGCGUCCAAACGGAAGCGGCACGGCAGCUGCAAGUACCACUACGAAGUGCUCAAGGUCUACCUGAACAAAAAGAUGCGCAAAAUCGAAGAGAACCUGCAGCUUUCGGUCAACGACUCGGUAGCGCUGGCCGUCAACGCGCACCUCAAAACGUCUCCCACGUCCAGCUUGCCCCAACCAGUCCAAACAACGCCACCGCCGGAACGAGCGGCACCACGUCCAUCGCCAGCCAAAGCAAUCGCUUCGGGGCGGGCUUCUCCAACGGACCUCCCGCGACCAGCACCUCCGGGGAAUCUCUUCAUACAGCAGCCGUAA